AUGACUUCGGCGGCGCUGGAGAUUUUGGGGCUGGGGCUGGGCAUCCUGGGCUGGGUGGGGGUGAUCCUGGCCUGCGGGCUGCCCAUGUGGCAGGUGUCGGCCUUCAUCGACGUGAACAUCGUGGUGGCGCAGACCAUCUGGGAAGGGCUGUGGAUGAACUGCGUGGUGCAGAGCACGGGGCAGAUGCAGUGCAAGGUGUACGACUCCAUCCUGGCGCUGCCGCCCGAGGUGCAGGCGGGCCGGGCGCUCACCGUCAUCGUGGCGCUGCUGGGGCUGGUGGCCCUGAUGGUGACCGUGGUGGGCGCGCAGUGCACCAACUGCAUCCGGCCCGGCAAGAUGAAGUCCCGCAUCGUGAUCGCCGGCGGGGCCAUCUACAUCCUCUGCGGGGUCCUGGUCCUCGUCCCGCUCUGCUGGUUCGCCAACAUCGUCAUCAGCGACUUCUACGACCCCACCGUGCCGCCGUCCAAGAAGCGGGAGAUGGGGGCCGCGCUCUACAUCGGCUGGGCGGCCACGGCCCUGCUGCUCUUCGGGGGCUGCCUCAUCUGCUGCUGCUCCUGCUCCCAGCGCGACGAGACCUCCUUCCCCGUCAAGUACUCGGCGCCGCGGCGGCCCACCUCCAACGGCGAGUACGACAAGAAGAACUACGUCUGA